CCCAUAUCCUCUUCUCUGCAGCCUGCCAGGCAGGCAGUCAUGGCUCUCCUGUCCAUCCUCACGCCUGCUCUGGUUGUGGUCCUGUGCCUGGUGAUAGGCUUCAUGCUGUUAAAGCCACAGGAGACCACGUGGAUCUCUCCGGCACAAACCACAGCGGGGUCGAGACCUUGGGUGGACCAGGACCUACAGGAUGAUACAGAGAUCACAGCAAUGGAGGACGAGGAUGUUGAUUUGGUGGACAACAAUGAGGAGGAUGACCUUCCACACGUGGCCUUCUCCCUGCCGCGAUAUCCCGAGGAAACAGCUCUGAAGAGAAGCAAAGAUUUCUACAAUCUGAUGAACCAGCGGAGGUCUGUCCGAUUCAUCAGCCCAGAGCCGGUCCCAAGAAAGGUCAUCGACAAUGUCAUACGCACUGCAGGUACGUCCCCCAGUGGCGCACACACAGAGCCCUGGACAUUCGUGGUGGUCUCAGACACAGAGGUGAAGCAUCAGAUCAGACUGCUGGUGGAAGAGGAGGAGGAGACGAACUACCGUCAGAGGAUGGGGGACAAGUGGGUGCAAGAUUUGGGCAAAAUAAGGACGAACUGGAUAAAGGAGUAUUUAGAUGUGGCACCAUACCUGAUCCUCAUCUUCAAACAGACCUACGGGACUCUGCCGAAUGGCAAGAAAAAGACACACUACUACAAUGAAAUCAGUGUCUCCAUAUCCUGUGGAAUCCUGCUGGCAGCACUGCAGAAUGUGGGUCUCGUUACUGUCACAUCGACUCCCCUCAACUGCGGCCCCCGGCUCAGGCUGCUCCUCAAAAGGCCGGCCAAUGAGAAGCUGCUGUUGCUGCUUCCCGUAGGUUACCCUGCAUCUGAUGCCACCGUGCCGGAUUUGAAACGCAAGCCGCUGGGUGAAAUUAUGGUGCACGUAUGACAGGAUCAAUCUGCAGAGGAAAUAAAGUGAAAAAAAA